GUCACGCGUGUCAUGGCGCCGAGCUGAGGGCAGCAGUCGCCGAGUGAAUAAAGCGCGCGGCGCGCGGCGCACGGGCGACAUCGCCCGGCCUGUGAGUAUCCGGCCCGUGAGUCUCCGGCCCGUGAGUCUCCGGCCUGUGAGAGGCGGCGUGAGAGCUCCACGCGGCGUGAGAGCUCCGCGUGACAGCUCCGCGCGGCGUGAGGGAUUGUGCAUGAGCCUUGUCCCCCUCACCUGGCUCAACCAUGGAUGAAGACGAGAGUCACUCGGAGCAGGGCGACCGUGACGACAGCAUUCCUCACAGCCAGAGCUCUGCAGAGAGCUCCGACGACAACGACGACGACUGCUCCGAUGACGAGGACUGCUUCCUCAUGGAUGACUGGGCGCUGUGCGACUCCAGCGGCAGCAGGUGCCAAACAUCGCUCUCAACGGCACAGUCGGCGCUCUCCUCGCCUGGGGCCGGCGGCUCCCCCCGCCCCGGUGGCCUCUCCUCAGAUGAGGAGGGCGACAGCUGCCCCAUCUGCCUAAACGGAUUCCGUGUGCAGGCCGUGGGCAUCCCCGAGAGCUGCCAGCACGCAUUCUGCCUCGACUGCCUGCUUGAGUGGGCCAAGAAUGUCAACUCGUGCCCCGUGGAUCGCAAGCCCUUCAAGGUGAUCUCAGCCCUCUCCUGCUUUGGUGGCGACGUCGUGCGCACGAUCGCCGUACCCAAUCGGAAGCAGAAGGCGCAUUUGUGGGAUGACGACGGUGGCAGUGGUGGCGGUGACGAGGAGACCCCGUGCCGCGCGUGCGGCCUCAGCGACCGCGAGGAACGCAUGCUCCUGUGCGACGCCUGCGAUACAGGGUUCCACAUGGAGUGCCUGGUCCCCCCGCUGGACAGCAUACCCGUGGAGGAGUGGUUCUGCCCCACCUGCCUUCCCCGGGCCCCCUCCAUCGUCUCGGUGGCGCCGGGCCCCAUGCGUGUCAUCGCACGCACGCGGCAGAGUGAACGCGUGCGCGCGCGCGUCAACCGCAGCCGCCUUUCUUUCUCGCAGCAGAGAUUCAUGGAGCUCUUCUCACCUGACCCUCAGCUGGUGCAGGACUUGGUGGCGGCCACCGUGGCAGGGUUAAACCGGCGGGCAACGCCGCGGCACGUGAGUGGGAGGCCCAAGCGAGGUCGUCGUGUGAAUAGUCCCCGGGAGCCGCGGGCCUCCACGUCUGCACGCCGCUGCCACCGGCGCAAGGGGGAGCUGAUGAAGCGUGUCCGCAAGAUGGUGAAGAGGACGCCAGGUGGCUCCACCGGACCCCCCAUUGGUCCCGUGGCGGCCAUGGGGGCAACACUUCCACUGCAGCGUUUUUCGGGGCCACGUCGCUCCGACAUCGGUGCCCCAAGCUUCAUGCUCUUCGAAGACCCAGAUCAGUUCGACCCCUUUGAGAGUGCCGAGAGUCCCGCAGAGGAGAGCGCCGUGGACAGCAAGCGUCGCGUGCUCUCCCGUUUGGCCGUUCACUCGCACCGUCCUGUUGCCCGGCCCAUCAUGGCCGGCGCUGCCAGCGAGGGGCCAUUGAGGGAAAGCCCAGCACUACAGAGGGUGCCUUGCCCGCCUCCCGUCCCCGAGUCUCAGCCGGAGCCUGAUCUGCUGGGCUCCAUCCUGGCCGGCCAGGCCGUGCUGCUCAUGGAUAGCAGCCAGCUCCUGAUCACGCGUCACGGGGCCCUGCAGCCACGCACCCCUACGGGUGUCACCGUUUCUCCGAGCAGACCCUGCGGCGGUGCGAGCAGCGCACCCGUCCGCGGAGGGGACUGGCCGGGAGCCCGCAGCUGCGGCACUGCGGGCGGUAAUGGUGGCGGCGGCGGUGGCGGCAGUGGAAGUGGUGUCCCUCCCCACUCCUCGUCCUCGUCCUCCUCCUCCUCGUCAUCCUCCAUGCCCGCCUCCUCACAGCAGGGCGGGCUGGUGGACGCCAUGACGGCCCACUCCAACGUGAGCGGCUCCACCUCAAGUGGCAUACCAGCCGCCAACGGAGGCGGCGACCCCGGGCGGCUCCGCUGCAGCACCGCUGGGCCCCCAUCGUUGCCUCCCCCGCUGCUCCAAGCUCCGCGGUACGGGGGCGGAGAACGUGGCGAGGGCGCCGGUGAAAAGAGGCCAGCGUCCGCGCGCAACAAGCGCCAUUUUAAGAUCAACCGAUCGUUCGGCCUCGGGGAGCAGAGCUCGGAGCACGACGCCAGCGUGGAGGACGCAGGCGCGGUGCCGUGGAGGCCCGAGGCGGCCGAGCUGCCCUUUGCUCGCAUACCCAGUGGGAAGGCCGCGGCGGUGGGAGCGCUGCCUGUGUCCUGCCCCGGUACUUCGUCUUCGUUCACAUCCACGCAGGGGCGAGUGCCACACCUGGGCAAAAUCGAGAUCAAGUUGACCGGAAACAGCAGAGGCUGGCAGGAGCAGACGGCAAGCGCCCCCAAGCGCUCUCCCAUGCGGAGGCCGUGCCCGCCUUCCUCGUCGGUGCCUCCCACUGUGGCUACACUGUUGGCCCAUCAGGCGUACGACCCCUCUGACCCCACCGACGACGAGGGUGCCAACAGCGAGGAGGGGCGGGCACGGGCACGCGUUGGCCGCGCCAACAGCGACGGAGACGGCGUUGGCGGCACCGCCGCGGUCGAGGACGACACCUACGACCCCUUCCGUCCAACUGACUCGAACCCCAGCUCGCCGCCAAGCCCUAGCAGCCCAUCCCCCGAGGACGGAAACUCGGACGGCACCGACGAUCUGCCGGCCACGCCUGGUGCGGGGCUCCCUUCUCCGGGUGAUUGCAGCUCGUCUGAUAGUGAGGUGCCGCCUGAUGGAGAGGCGCCGCUUGUCCCCUCGCAGGAUUCUCCGCCCCGGGACCCUUCGCGGGAUUCCUCGCGGGACUCCUCGCGGGACUCCUCGUGGGGAACCUCACGGGACGGCAAAGAUCCGGCGUGGAAGGACGGCGGCAAUGAACGCUCGAACUCGCGGCAGGGAUGUGGUGCGGCAGGUGGAUCGGACGAGUCGCAAGAAAGGAGCCCUCCUUACUCUGGUGGAGAGGGUUACUCUGGCUCAAAGGGGCAGUCGAUGGUGGAGUGCGGAAAAGAGGCUCGCGUGGGCACCGACACGGAUACAAAUCUGGAUGAAAUCCCGACUACAAAGAGCAACGUUAAGGAUGAAAAUACCCCGAGGAUCAGUGCAUCAGAUGGUGGAGAAACGAAGAGUGCUGGGAUUGGGAACAUGCUAGAGGAAGGAGCCUUACCAUUUAAAUCAGAGUUGCGGGAGGACAUCACUGGUGAGGGACAGCUUAGCGUCGAAGAUGUUACAGACGGUGUGCAUCUGGAGGGCAAAAAGGGGAAAAACCAGACUCAGGAUCUUGGGAUGGUAUCGAGUACAAACCAGUUGAGCAACAAAGAUUUGAGUACAAAUAUUAUUGGUCAAGCGGCAUCUGAGCAGUGCGAGCCUGGAAAGGCGGUUAAUGACUUGGGCACUGACUGGCAAAGUGUAAAAAGCGAGGCUGUGCCUGUGGACCAGGGCGAGGCGGCUCAGAUCGGCAUGCAGGACUGUAAGGAUGAAGACAAGACGGAGGGAGUGAUGGGAACAUCGGAGAUGAGCGAGGAGCAGGGACUGCCUGCGAGAGUCCGCAGCGAGGUGCACGUCGGUACCCCGCCCGCCAAACGUUCAGAUGGUGCAAGAGAGGAAGUGAAAAUUUCACGGCAUUCGUCCAGUCCAGCGAGUGCUAAGAGGUCGCGUUCGGACAAAAGGAAAUCCAUCGAAGAGCCGAAGGAUGGCUGCGGAGAAGAUGGAGAUCAUGCACAGCGGGUCCUUAAGGAGGGCCGCAAGUGCUCGCCCGUCCCAAACACCAACCCGGAGCCCCUGGAGAUGGGGGAGAUCGUGGACCCAGUGGACACGUUUGACGGAGACCCGCGAGCGCACGCGGCGUCGGCGGCGUCGCGCAACGCGUCGGGCCCGGCGCAGGAUGAGGACCUCCUGUCGCUGCACGCCGGCUCGGAAGAAGACGGUUUCUACGCGGCGGAGGCCGGUGAGGGAGGCGGCGCGGGUGGCAAGGCCCAGCGGGGUGGGGACACGCGCUUUGCGCGACGGAAGGACCGCAAUUACCGGCACAUGGGCAAGCGACGGUCCCAGCCGGAUGAGUGUCCCCGUGAGGAAAAGCAAAGCGAUCAGCAGCGGCGUCGGCGCUCGGACUCGCGCUCACGGCGAAAACAGCGUAAGCAGCGGCGGCGUUCACGGGAGAGCGGCGAGGGCGGCUCGGCGAGUGGCUCGAGCUGUCGCUCGGAGCACCGCCAGAGACAGAAGCAUUCCUGUGCGUCACGCAGCUCCUCCGUCCGCCGGGAGCAUGAGCGGGACAGAGAGCGGGACAGAGAGCGGGACAGAGAGCGGGACAGGGAAAAAGACAGGGAGCGGGAUCGGGAACGUGUGAGGGAGCGGGCAACCCGCGUGAAGGAGCACUCAAGGAACGAGGGUAGCGGAGACUCCGUGAAGGAUCGUGAAAAAAAGCGGCGGGAGCGGGAGAAGAAACUGAAAGUGAAGUCGCACGACCGGAGGCGGGAGCCAUCGAGCCCGCGAGACCGCUGGCACGAGCAUUCGAACUCUCCUGAGCACCGGCACGAGCGCUCGAGUUCCCGCGAGCGUCACCGGGAGCCGCCAAGCCCACGGGAGCGACGGAGAGACCGCUCGGACUCCCAUGAGCUCCGUCGUGAGCGCUCCCACUCUCGCGAGCGGUGGCGGGAGCCUUCCAGCCCGCAAGAGCGGCGGCGCGAAUGCUCGAGCUCGCGAAAUGCCGACAACGCGGAGGAGCCGUUCUGGCGCCGGAGCCCCAAGUCGCCGCCACCGCACACGAGGCCGCGCGAGCGCGACCACCGGAAAGAGAGAGCGGCACGCUCGCCCCUCGGUGUCAUGCCGACGGUGCCACCGGCGACGGCCACACCGACAGAUGGCAGCGAUGGUGGUGGCGGUAGCGGCAGUGUCCGCGUCAAACCCAAAGAGGACAAGCGGUACGAGCGACAGCUGUUUGGCAGAGGCAGCAUGGACCACUUGAAGAUCACCAUCUUCUCCGAGGUGCGGUCAGCCAGCGUCAGCAGUCAUGUGUCGGCGGGGCAGAAGGGCGAGGGAGAGCGGCCGCAGAGGCAGCAAUCGGAGACGGAGAAACGAGCAAAGGCAAAGAGGGCGAAAGCGGCGCAAGAGCCCCGCGGUGAUGGCAAGUCCAAGUCGGACAUGAAGCGCAGCAAGCGGGCGUCAGCAGAUGGAGUGGAGGGUGGCACAAGGCGCAAGCGGUCAAGCAAGGCGGGCAAAAGUGAUGUUAUCGUGUCGCCCAAGCGCACAUUUGUCAACCCUGAGUCGGCGGCGCCCGUGGGCGAGCUCGUGAGGCAUGAGAAUGACGUCGACCAAGCUGAUCCCCUGAUGAAGUUUGAAAUAAAGGUGCAGCCCAAGCAGGACUCUGUUCACUUGUGGCCAGAGGAUGAGGAGGUGGAGGAGUCGCAAGUAACCUUCAAGUCGGUGGUGUCCGCCGCGGACAGCCCGGUGUGUGCAGAUGAUCACGAGUCAAGCAAGACCUCCACGAUGUGUCUGGACUACAAGACCAGGGACGCUCCGAAACAGGGAUCCACCCAGGAGGCUCCGGGGCUGGAGCCAGAGGAGCAGGAGGAGGGGGAGCUGGAGGCAGAGGUGGUGGAGGGACCAGUUGAACCGGAAAGUCGAGCUCCUUGCCCACAGGAGCCGCUUCCAUCAUCCCCCAUUGAGAAACAAAAACGCAGGGAUCGCGUUCGAAUCCGACGGUGGCAUCCAGUGGACGAAACGAGCAGUGGCGGCGUUGGAGUGACAUUGUUGGAGCCACAGCUCCCACUGUCCCUGCCCAUAGCACUCGACGAUGGCGCAUUGACGGACAUAGAGAGCCAUGCCAUGUCUGUGGACGUGGCUGGCGAGACAUCGCCGGUUUGCGGGGAUGCGUCACCGGGUCUGGAGGAGGCGUUGCUGGGUCCCCGCGUGAUGUCACCGCGUCGAGUAGUUGGCUCCCCGGGCCUGGGGUUCGCAUCGCCCGGACGCACGGUGCCAUUGGCUAAUUUUGGGAUGGCAUCGCCGGUCUCAAAGGCGGUGUCGCCAGGCCCGGGUGUGACGCCGUUUUCCCACGGGCUGUCAUUGCCUGGGCUGGAGGUGUCUCUGCCCGGCCUGGAACCAUCAUCACCGGCUUCCGGGGAGGCAUCUCCUGAUGUGGAGGCACCAUCGCCGGGCCCUGGGGAGGCUUCUCCUGACCUGGGGGAGUCGUCUCCAGGCCUGGGAGUGCCGUCGCCGGGCCCUGGGGAGGCGUCGCCUGACCUGGGGGAGGCAUCUCCGGUGUCCGAGACGGCACAGUUUGGGGGCAGCGGCGGUGGAGAGCAGUGGGGGAGUGAGACGGUGGCCCUACGGGAGAGGCCUCUGCUGAAGCGCGUCACGUGGGACCCACAGCAACAGCGCGAGGAAGAGCAGCGCAAAGACACGGCGCGUGCCGUGUUGAGCUUGCUGAGCAGUGGUGGGAUUGUGGGGUCUGGAGACAUCCCUCUGCUGCACUCCGAGGACGUGACUUCAACCCCACCACUUGCCGCGCUCACCCCCACCAACUACAUGGUGUCCCAACCCAUGUUCCCAGGAAUGGUGCAGGCCCCGCCCAUGAACACCGGCGUCAAACCCGCGGCGCCGCCACUCUCCGUUUUUGCGGCCGGGCCCUUCCUGGCCGCCGCCGUCGCCGCGGCUGCCUGGCCGCAGCCUUCGCCGCCUCCGCCCCCUCCCUUCGCGGAGGGGGCCAUGGGCUCCGUUGUCACCCCGGAGACGAGCGCCGCCGUGGCGGCUCAGCUGAUCCUGCGGCGGCUGCUGCCGGCGCUCGGGGUGGCGCGGCCUGCCGCCGCGCGGGUGCCCACGCCGCCCCCUCCGCCACCGCCGGCGCCCGCGGAAGAGGAGAUGGCGUCGCCCGAUCUGGUGGAGAUGGAGGAGCUGCCUGCCCCGCAUAGGUCCCAACAGCACAACCCUGACCGGAGCAAGACCGACAAGGUAAUAAAGUACCUGAAGAAGCUGCACAUGCAAGAGAGAGCUGUGGAGGAGGCAAAGCUGGCCAUAAAGCCCUACUACCAGAGCAAGGACAUCACCAAGGACGAGUACAAGGAGAUCCUGCGUAAGGCGGUGCACAAGAUCUGUCACAGCAAGAGCGGAGAGAUCAACCCCGUAAAAGUGGGGAAUCUGGUGCGCGGCUAUGUGGACAAGUACAAGAUGCUGCGCAAGAAGGCCAAGCGAAGAGAGGAGGGUGACGGCGAGUGGGUGGGCAGCAGCUGCACGCCCGACGGGAAGCCGUCCUGCAGCAAGACAGCCAGUAACGAGCACUGACACCUGCUCCAGCCUCAAAACAGCCCGCCCCCGAGUCGGCCUGCUUGAAGUUACACUUGCAGUGUACGUUGCUGGUCUAUUUUGGAGAGACUGGGCACACACGGCUUUUCUGUGGAAGCAAGCGUGGACUUUUGUGAUCAGCAGACUGAUGAUGAGGCUGUGAGCUUGCUGCCACUUCACGUGACCAGUCCCGGGCAUUAAUCAACCUACUCGACUCGUGACACACAUACACAACACCCCUUGGCAAUCACCUCGUUAUCAUGAACCUCUUUUGGUCGACAGUUGUAUAACCAUUGUUUUUUUCUUGACUUUCAUCUUCAGUGUUUGCGAUGCACUUAGUCCACAUGCAGAAACACAGCUGCAAAUGUGAUGUGCAUCCCUAUUUUAUGUGGAGUUUCAUGGAAGACCGUGGGAAGGAUUCCCCAGCAUUUGGAGGAAUGUUUUGUUUAGCCUCUGUCCUGCCGCUAUUCAAAUACGUUUUGGUCUUGUGAAUACGUUCAUUGACGGAGGUUGUAGAGUUGCAUGUAUAAAUAAUGGUGUGAUGAUGCUUCAUUAGAAUGGAUGAGAAUGAUGUUCAGAUAUUGUCUGACAUUCAAAAUAUUGCUGAUUCUAAUGUAAAAAAAGAUGACAAUUGUAUUCUUGAAUGAUCGAUUUGAAGGAAUUGAACAGUGGCACCAUGUCAUUUUGUCAUGGAAUACCCUCUUUAAAAGCAAAGAUUACCAAUUCAUGUGUUUUGUUGGAACAUCUCCUGUACAUAUACAAUGUCUGAACACAGACCAGAAAAAACAACCUGUACAAUAUGCCACUGAACAACAACUAUUAAAACCAAGCCCUUGGCUGAUCACAACAGGUGUUUCUGAAUAGUAAGGAGCAUCACAUGCUUGAAUGGUACAGUCCUGUAUGUUGUCAUAGUUAAAGUACAACGUGCACAAGGCCAAUGUGAGUACCGAGAGCACCCCACUUACCGACGGUUUCUGCCACUCAUCACAUCUCCUGUUGUAGUUUUGUAAACAUAGCUGUAGUUUCUGGAGAUUUCUAAAAAUAAAGCCUGUUCAUGAAA